AUGAAACAUUGCUUGGCUCUAUUUCACAAACGCGUUCGUUUUUCUAAUGUUGCAGUGAAAAUUAUUGAAGUUGGUGCAAAUGAGUACAAUCUCGAUGUUUCGACUGAUUUUAAUAGCCAAGAACUGGAAAAAUAUUAUAUAUUUCAACAAUAUGAACAAAUUAUAUUUUUCUCAUCAUAUAUUGGUUUAGCAACAAAUUCUAAUAUAGUAUCAUGUGCUUGUCUUGGGAGUUCAAGAAAUUAUUAUUCACUUAUCCAUGGUGAACAAUUUUUUAAAAGUUCAUCUUGUCUUAGUGAACAAUCAUCAUUUGGUUGUUCAUUAUUUCGGCUUGAUUCAUAUGUUUUACAUUUACAUUUUAUAUUUGAACAUAAAUAUAAUUGGACUAAUUAUGAACAUGUUAAUCGAUUGCAUGAUGAAUUAAAUGAUGAAAAAUUUUUCUAUCCAUUUGAUUUUUAUGGACAACAAAAACAAUCUAAUGAACAACAUCAAAAUAUAAAUGAUUUAUCCAUUACCACGUAG